AUGGAUGCCGAGAUCCGCGCCGUGCUCCCGAAUAUCGACCCCGUGUUGUCGGAGUACUCGGCCGGCUAUCUAACCCAUGCCUCCACCGCAUGGGCCGGUGAUGAGGAAACCGCCGGGCCGUCCCCGCUGAAUGAGGCCGCAUCCACCAUCACGGAGCUGCUUCUCUCAGCUUCUGGGAGCUCUGGUGCUGCCACCCACGACAAGAUCCGGAGCUUGGUGGAAAAAUGGGUUGAGAAGUAUGCCGCCGCCACCAACAGCGAGGAGAGGAGAGGUCCGGCGGUCAAGCGUCUUGACCAGACCAUCCAAGUGAGCUCUCAGAGGAACAUGUCCUCGACCCUGGCUGUUGCCACCGGUGCUGUCGACCUCGAGUCUGCCAACGUCCGCAAGGUCGAGUCCAAGGUUGACAAGAAGAAACUCGAAAAGGCCGAGCGCAAGAUCGCGGCCAAGCAGAACAAGAAGACUUUCAAGACUGUUGAAUACGAAGCUUCGCGUUUGAUCAACCAACCAGACUCGACUGAGUCGUACGAGGAGUUCUACAUGGCCGUCAACCCCCUGCAAAUGGGUGGUCAGGGCGGGAAAUCCAAGGACAUCAAGAUCGACAAUAUCGACGUGUCUAUUGGGGGUUUGAGGAUCCUGACAGACACCACCCUAACUCUCUCCUACGGACACCGUUACGGUCUCGUUGGUAACAACGGUAUUGGUAAAUCGACUCUACUUAGGGCUCUCUCACGCAGAGAGGUACCUAUCCCAACCCACAUCUCUAUUCUGCACGUCGAACAAGAAAUCACUGGCGACGAUACACCGGCACUCCAGGCCGUUCUGGACGCCGAUGUCUGGCGCAAGGUGCUGCUCAAGGAGCAAACGGAAAUUACCAAAAAGUUGGCGGAGAUAGAGGCACAACGAGCGUCGAUGGCUGACACCUCCACCGACGCUGCGAAACUGGACAAGGACCGCGAAGCCCAGGAUCAGCGCCUUGGAGACAUCCAAGCCAAGCUCAGCGAAAUGGAGUCCGACAAGGCGGAAUCCAGGGCAGCCAGUAUUCUCGCGGGCCUUGGUUUCUCGCCCGAGAGGCAGCAGUUUGCUACCAAGACCUUCUCUGGUGGUUGGAGAAUGCGUCUCGCCCUCGCUCGAGCCCUCUUCUGCGAACCUGACCUGCUGCUUCUCGACGAACCGUCUAACAUGUUGGACGUCCCUUCUAUCACCUUCCUUUCAAACUACCUGCAGGGUUACCCUAGCACCGUUCUCGUAGUAUCCCACGACAGGGCGUUCCUUAACGAAAUCGCGACCGAUAUCAUGCACCAGCACUCACAGCGACUCGACUACUAUCGCAGUUCCAACUUCGACGCUUUCUACGCCACCAAGGAGGAGCGGAAGAAGACGGCCAAGAGGGAAUACGAAAACCAGAUGGCGCAGCGUGCGCAUCUCCAGGCUUUCAUCGACAAGUUCCGAUACAACGCGGCCAAGUCAUCGGAAGCCCAGUCCCGUAUCAAGAAGCUGGAGCGCAUGCCAGUAUUGGAGCCCCCCGAGGCGGAGUACAGUGUCCACUUCAAAUUCCCAGAUGUCGAAAAGAUGUCGCCGCCAAUCGUCCAGAUGUCAGAUGUCACAUUUGGCUACUCAAAGGACAAGAUUCUGCUGAGGAAUGUCGACCUCGACGUCCAGCUCGACUCGCGGAUUGGUAUUGUUGGGCCCAACGGAGCUGGUAAGACGACAAUUCUCAAACUCCUCAUCGGCAAGCUGCAGCCAACAAGCGGCCUCAUCUCUCAAAACCCCCGAUUGCGCGUCGGGUAUUUUGCCCAGCACCACGUCGAUGCCCUCGACCUUGACGCAAGCGCCGUCACCUUCAUGGCCAAGACCUACCCGGGCAGGACGGACGAGGAGUACCGGCGGCAGCUGGGUGCCUUCGGCAUCACAGGCACGACGGGUCUGCAAAAGAUGGCGCUGCUGUCUGGUGGUCAGAAGUCCCGUGUUGCGUUUGCCUGCCUAGCCCUUACCAACCCCCACAUCCUGGUCAUGGACGAACCGUCCAACCACUUGGAUAUCGAAGCCAUGGAUGCCUUGGCCGAGGCCCUCAAGGAGUUCCAGGGCGGUGUGCUAAUGGUAUCCCACGACGUGACCAUGUUGCAGACCGUCUGCACCUCGUUGUGGGUAUGUGACAAUGGAACGGUGGAGAAGUUCCCUGGCGAUGUACAGGCCUACAAAAAGAGGAUCACAGCACAAGCGGAUGCUGCGGGUGUUGUCAAGGCACAUUAG